AGUUUCAUGAUAAUUGACAAAAAAUUGAGUUAUACCCAAGACAGUUCCAUUGAUCAGAACACAUACAUACGUACGUACACACACAAUAAAUAUUUAAAAGGGCAUUAAAUAUGAAAUGGCCUUCCGUGAGUGAAAUAGCCUCCAUUAUCCAGAUUGUGAUUGCGAUUCUCUGCUUGCCUGCUAUACUUCUGUUCUCGAUGGUCAUAACCUUUCCGUAUGAUAUGAAACUGUUCACAUAUCAGUGUUCGCUUUCUACAACAAUGGUACUCUGCCUGAUCUUCGGUUUCAGCACGUGGUUUUACAAUUCCCACUAUCCAAAAACACGUUUCCAUGUACGCGUUCUGAUUGCCGCAAUACUAUGGAUUUUAUUUAUUUUCGGAGUUGUAACCGCGGUCUUAUUUGAUUUACAAUUCAGUAAAGAUUUGGUAUACGGCGUAUUCGACGCAGACCUCUUCGAUUCUAAAGAUUAUGCUAUAUUAUAUUUCGGUGUAGUUGUGCUCUUCGAAGCACAUUUUCAAACUAAAACAAACUGUGAAUCAACUUUAUUGUUAUGGCAACGGCAUAAAUUAUUCCCAAAAGGACCCAAUUUAUAUACAAUAUGUAUGCAUAUAAAAUUUAAGUGUGAGUAAUAGUAUAUUUGUAAUCGUAUAUUUUGAGUAAUACCAUCGAUAUUUGUCGGAUAUAAUAAUAUUUGUCGAAUGUAAACCAAACCGAUUGGAUUUUUAAUUUUUUGUCUAUCUAUUUUACUAUUUAACCCAGCAAAUAUCAGAGAACGUUAAUGAUAUU